AUGAACGAUGUCCUCAGCGUGGGCGUUCAUCGUCUUUGGAAGCGGUACUUCAUCGAGAAGCUCGACCCAUAUCCGGGUACAAAGCUGCUCGACGUGGCCGGCGGAACGGGAGACAUCGCCUUUGAGUUUCUUCGCUACGUCACCGAGAAGGGCGACUCGACCAGUUCUGUGGUCGUCUGUGAUAUCAACGAGAACAUGAUGAAGGUCGGUCAGCAGAGAGCCGCCAAGCAGAAGAUGGAUCCAAACAGACUGGACUGGGUGCACGGGGACGGUCUCAAUUUACCCUUUGAGGAGAACACAUUUGACGCCUAUUCAGUGGUCUUUGGCAUUCGCAAUAUGGUCAAUCUGCCGAAGGCUAUUGAUGAGGCGUACCGUGUUCUCAAGCCCGGCGGAAUAUUCAUGUGCAUGGAGUUUAGCCAAGUGAACAAUGUCUUUCUGAAAAGCUUCUACGACUGGUACUCCUAUCAGAUGAUUCCCGUCAUUGGCGAGGUCGUUUCCAAUGACUUUAAAUCGUACCAGUAUCUCGUGGAGAGCAUUCGCAAGUUUCCCGACCAAGAGACCUUCAAGGCGAUGAUUGAAGAGAGUGGAUUCAAACUGGUCGACUACGACAACCUCUCCUGUGGCAUUGCUGCCAUCCACAGCGGGUACAAGCCGCUGUGA